AUGAAAGUACUCCGUCGUUCACUCCAUAAAGAGAAGGACAGAACAUCGACCUCAUCACCAACCAAACCAGACUUCAACUCACACCAUCUACCACCACUCUCAGCCAAACACAACUCAAAACAACAACAGCAACAACAACAACAACAACAGCAGCAGCAACAACAACAACCCACUCAACCAUUUGCCUCGCUCGCAGCUGGAAAUCAUAACCUAACUAAUCCGAGGUCAAUCGGAAAACCACCAACAUUGGUCAUCAAGGCAAUCACCGCCUACAAAUCGAACCGGAUAGUCGAACUCUCAUUCCAAAAGGGCGACUUCUUCCAUGUAGUCGGCGAACGAGAUGAUCACGAGGGUAGCUGGUUCGAAGCAUCCAACCCAGCCACAGGCGCGCGCGGGAUCGUACCCAAAGAUUGCUUCGAAUUAUUCGGAAGGAAACAGAACGAACUACCUAGUACCACACCCACAGCUACCGCCUUCCCUCCUAGAAGCUCUGCACCCGGUUAUCAAUCCUCUGCCAAUAACCCACCUGGCUCACCUUUACUCGUUCGAACACCCUUAUCCGCCGAACCCUUCAGACAAAGUCAUCCAAACUCGAAAACUCAACCACUAUACGGAAUCGUCCAGCAUGAUUUUGUCGCCGAAAGACCUGAUGAACUUGAUGCCAAGAGGGGCGAGCCGAUCAUUGUGAUUGCACAGAGCAACCAUGAAUGGUUUGUGGCUAAACCAAUCGGCCGACUUGGUGGCCCCGGCUUGAUACCCGUCUCAUUUGUUGAAGUUCAAGAUGUUAACACCGGAAAAGCACUAGCACCCAACCAAGUACAAGACUUGAUCAGGAGCUCAGUCGUCCCUGCCGUAGAAGAAUGGAAAAAGGCAACUGCGGCCUACAAGGGUAACAGUAUCCCACUCGGCAAAUUCGACUUUGCAGCCACAUCCCCGCCGAUGCCCUCAGCAACCAACGGCGGCUCAUUCAAUCACCCUACCUCGUCCCGCUCGGCAUCCACAUCGCAUACGAGACAACCCUCUGGCGCCGGCUAUGAUCGUCCUCCGUCUGGCCGAGGCCCACAGCAUGGCUCAUGGCAUGGUGCCGGCGGCGAUCCAUCAGCAUACGACCACUCAAGACAGUCCUCAGCCAACACGCCCUGGAACGCCCCCACAAAUUCCUAUUCGAACUCUCGACAGUCGCCGACUCAGCAGGGCCGAGAUUACCAAGACGAACCAUAUCCACCACAAUCAGGUCCCGAGGGAGAUGGUUAUGCGACAGUCGAUGAGCUUAGAGAACGAUAUGGGGUUGUUGUACAUGCGAGUGUUGAGUCAUUCCACUUCGAACAAGGCCAUUACUGGUUCCACCUCCGGGCACACUUCAGUCGGAUCUCAGAAGACGGUCGGGAUGAGCAGACAACCGUCCUGGUACUCUACCGUCUCUACGAAGAUUUCUAUGACUUCCAGACCGCACUCAUCGAAACCUUCCCAGACCAAGCAGAGGACGAAGAUGGCGCACCCAAUCUACCCCGGAUGCCCGGGCCGAGCGAUAACGUGGACGAACUGGUUUGUGCGCAGAGGGUCGAAGAUCUGUCGACCUACCUCCACGAAUUAUGCGAGUUACCGCUCUAUAUUCGGGAGUCUGAGCUGGUCUACGAGUUCUUGGGUCCUCGGGAGGGCGAUGUGGAACUGGAAGGAGACCCAGGAAAUUUGGGGUUGGAUGAUCGCUCACCGACUGAGGUAGAAGGAGAAGUGGUGGAGUAUCUACAGCGAAUGGAUUCAUCGCGCGGAGAGGAUGGACGCCUGGCAGAUCUGAACGAAUCGAUCUCGCGUCUCUCGACGGGCUCGAAUGGCCCGCUUGAAGCGCAUCAUCAGUACCAGCACCACCGUCGACAAUCAUCGCAGGCUUCUCAGCCGAGCCAUCAUCCGUCACGGAUGAGCAAGGGCUCGACCGGUCCAGCGGGCUACCAUCAGCGCGGGCAACGCUCACAGGAUCUGCGGCCUUUCUCGAGCUCGACGACGAGCUCUGAGGGUUUCUCCUCCCAUCUACCCUCGACCCACACCUCGACCUCCUCAGUGCCCGUCGGCUCCCGGGUUACCUCACUGACCCCCGCUGGGCCGGGUGAGCACCCCGGUUCGGCGAACCACAAUAACCCGAGCACGGGUUUUCUACGGAUCAAGAUCUACCAGCGUCAGACGGACGAUCUGAUCGCGAUCCGCGCACCCACGGGCGUCCAAUUCCUUGAACUCCUUCAACGCAUCCAGGAACGCGUGGGAGCUGAGGUCAGAUCGAUUCGAUUCCGGGACGAGUCUGGCGUCGCUUAUUCCACCGGCGGAUCCGUCCCUAUUAACGCUAAUAACGGCGCUAGACUCAUCGGAAUCGAUAACGAUGGCGACCUUGAUCGGUGGAUCAAUUCGGGUAGUCGAUUGGUCUUAUACGUCGAUUGA